GUUGAUUCCAAAUUUUGAGUGAUUUUUUUCAGGUUUCUACAAUGCCAUCCCCGUUACUGUACGGUUACGCUAGCGCUGCCCUUGGUAUGGCCAUUUCAAUCGUUUACUUUGGUCUCCACAACGUAAGGCAGCAACGGAUGCAGCGUCUAGUGUUGGAAAGGGAAGUGGUUCAUCAUCUGUACGCACGCCACAGGAUGCAUCCGGUAAACCGCAAGUACGCCAACAGCUACAGCUCCAAGCUGAUCAAGCGCCGAUUGCUGAACAAAAUCAAUCAACUCCGGCCACGGAUUUACCUGCGCUCUGCGAUGCCCCACUGGCAGCUAAUCCACACGUCGUCUAGUGGUUCGGUGCGUGCCGUCCCAUUGCCAUAAUGGUCGCUCUUCCUCGCAAGAGAACGCAAAGGGCUGAAUAAUCUCGCCUGAGGGAGGCCUCCCCCUGAACACGCUUUUACCGAUCGUCCAUAAAUCAUUCAAGUGAAGCGCUCAGCCGACCAGGUUCCAACACUGAUGUUGAGAGGCAGAUAGAGAGUGGAGCGAUAAAAACGUUCGAUCCAUCAGCAGUAGCAGCAGUAGCUGUUGCUCUCAGAAGCAACCAGUUCCUCGCUGGACUUCAAUUGCCGACAGCUUAACGAU